GCAAAUCAAAAUCCUCUUCUUUCUCCCGCAUUUCCUUUUCUUUUUUGCCCCUUUUUCCUAUUAUGACCUCACCUUCUAUUCUUUUCCUCUCUUCUCUCAGCACCUAACCCACCCUCCGCUCCGCUCGCCGGUUUCCUCCUCCGGCUCCUCUAUCCGGUCACCGUCUAAAACAUCCUUCGAUUUAAUUCCGUAAAUUAUACUAGAUUUUAGGCUAGUGAACAGAGAAAGAGAGAGAGAGAGAGUCACAAGCCUAAAUUUUCUGACUUCUGUUUGAUUUUCGUUUCUUGUUUGUGAUUUGUAUGGUAGUUUCUGUCAUUAGAACUUUUUUUCUCCCUGUAGCUCAUUUUUGGUUGUUCAGUUUGAGAAUCAGACAUAGCAUUUCGAAACCCUAAUUUGUUUUUUUUAUUGAUCUGGUUCGAAUCUUCUGCAAAACUUAAGCUGAAGGUGCCAUGUGAAUCCUUGCUUUUCAGUUAUUUUUGCUUUUUUAAUGUAUUAGACGUGCAAUUAUUUAGCUUACAAGGUAUAAAAUUUAGGGUUUCUAAGCUCAAUCUUGCUUUACAAGAUUUGGAUGUUUAGCUGCUGUUCUUAUUGUUGUGUUUUUUUUGUUGUCAAAAGUAAAAUUUUGAAGGAGUUUCGAAAUGAAGAGACUGAGGUCGAGUGAUGAUCUCGAUUCCUAUAAUGAGAAGAGCUCUGCCAAAGAUUCCAAUCCCAGUCGAUCGUCUCGAAGCUUUUAUUACAAAUCCGAUAAUGUACGGAAGGGAUUGAUGUCCACUUCAUCUUCGUCGAGCAGGUAUGAUAGGGAUCGAUCUAUGGAUGAUGAUAGUCGGGAGAGCUCCAGGAUGGUUCGGAAGAGGUCGGAUCACGAUGUCGAUAGCUUUGAUAGGAGAAAAGGGGCAGGUGUAGGGUUUGAUAGGUAUAGUGGUAGAGAUGGGUAUAGUGGAAGUGGAGGUGGAGUGGCUGGUGGCAGUGAUAGAAGUAUCCAUCGAUCUGAGAGUUUCUGUGGGUCCCGGAGGGAGUUUCCGAAAGGGUUUAGGUCUGAGAGGGACAGGUCCAGAAGAGAAGGCAGCGUCUCAUCUUGGAGAAGAUUUGGUAGUGGGAGUAAGGAGUUUGAUGACGUUAGAGGUAGUAGGAGUGCAAAUGAGGAGAGAAUAAGUGCUGCUACUAGGUCUUCUCCCAAGGGAUUGAGGGAUGUGAGGUCGCCCACAUGGUCAAGGGAUUCGGGGAGUGAGCAAACUAGGUUGGUGAGAGGUGGUGGUGGGAGGGAUGAGGGGAAGGGGAAAUCAUCAACUUCAAAGUCGAGGUCAUCACCAACAUGGUCAAAGGAUUCAGGAAGUGAACAAUCAAAAAGCGUGGAGGUGGGAAAGAAGAGUGAAUUGGAGGCCAAGAGCACUGAAAUGGAGGUGAAGAGCGUUGCUAGUGGGAGUAAGAGCAUUGAAAUGGAGGCAAAGAGUGUGUCUAGUGGAAGUAGUAGCGAAAUGGAAGAAGGGGAGCUUGAGCCGGAACCUGAACCUGAACCAGUUCAUCAAGUUGUCAAGGAAGAUGAAAAUGAUAAUGAAAAAGGAGGGCGAGAGGAUGUUCCCUCUGUUGAUCACGGGGAGGUUGAGCCUGAAAGAGAGGCAAAUGAUCAAGUAAAUAAGGUAGAAAAGGAACCUGAUAAAGCAGGUGUUUCAGAGGGAAAAGGUGGGAAAGAAGUUGAUGAGAUGCAGAAGUGUGAAAAGAAUUCAAAUGAUAAUAGUGUUACUGAAGACAAAGUUGGCAAUGUGGAUGGUGAUGAAGGGGGUGAGGGGGAUCAUUGUUUUAAGGAACCAAUUGAGUCGAAGGAGGAUGAUAGUCGGGAAGUGGUAAUUGAGAAGCCAGCACAUUUGGAAGAGAAAAGUAGCCAAGAGAAGGGUAUUGAUCUUGAGGCAAAGAUGGAGGAUGUUGAAGUGGCAGAGUCAAAUAAAGAAGUUAAUGAGGAUAAUGGAGGGGCUGAAGUGGACACUGGUCUGAUUGCAGAGGAUUCAGGCCAAAAUUUGAAGGAUAAAGGCAAAAGUGUGGCUUUUUUCCCAACCCUUGUUGCUGAUUCUGUUGAAGAUGGUAAAUGGAGUGAGAGAGAAUCCAGAAAAGUUCCAACUUGCAAGGAUGAAGAUGAUAUGGAAGGACCAAGUAUUAGGGGAUUUGAGUUAUUCACCAGCUCUCCUGUUAAAAGGGCAGAAAAAGCAGAGCAAUCUGGUGUUAGCAAGCCAAAAGAGGAAAAGCUGGUGUUGGAGUCGCUUGAUCUUUCUCUUAGCUUACCAAAUGUUCUGUUACCUAUUGGUGCCGCUAUAGAUGCACCACAGGCUCCUGGUUCCCCUAGCAAUGGGAGAAGUGUUCAAUCUUACAGCACAUUUUGCACAAAUUCUGAUGGGUUUACUGCUUCAAUGUCUUUCUCAGGUUCUCAUUCAUUUUUUCACAAUCCUAGCUGUUCGCUAACUCAAAAUUCGUUGGACAUGGACAACUAUGAACAAUCUGUCCACAGCCGUCCCAUAUUUCAGGGAGUUGAUCAAGCUAACUGGCAGUGUCAGGCCCAAAAUGAUACUAAGCUUAAAGGUGUUCCCUUAUAUCAAAGAGUUUUGAUGAAUGGAAAUGGCUCUUUCCAUCAGUCUCAAGCAUUACAAGGUAUGUCAAAUGGUCAAACAUUGCAAGGAAGCUCUAAAAUGGCCAAUGGACUGGAAAGGCAGUUGAGUUUUCACAAACAGUUGUCAGGAGGACAGUCAAGGAAUCCUGAAGAAACUGGAUCUCCUUCACAUAGUGUUGGGUCUCAUGAAAUCGGUACAAAUUACAGCCUUGAGAAGAAACGAGCCAUGAGAGAGAAACAUGGUGGUAGCUUAUAUAGGAGUAACAGCCAAAAGGAACAAGAACAGCUUUUGAUAGGUGGGGCAGAUUUUGUUGAGAGUAUUAUCAGUAGAAUAGUGUCUGAUCCUAUUCAUGCAACGGCCAGGAAAUUCCAUGAAAUGACAGGACAAUCUGCAUCUCUAGUCAAGGAGAGUAUUCGUGAGAUUAUGUUAAAUGUUGAUAAGCAAGGACAGCUGUAUGCAUUUCAGAGUGCUCUGGAAAACAGGUCUGACUUAACCUUGGGUGUGCUGCUGAAAUCCCAUCGGUUUCAUUUGGAAAUCUUGGUUGCUUUGAAAACUGGUCUUCGGGAAUAUCUUCAAGUAGACAAUAAUAUUUCAUCUUCUGAUUUGGCGGAGGUUUUUCUCAACUUACGAUGUAGAAAUCUAGCCUGUCGGAGUCCUUUGCCUGUGGAUGAAUGUGAUUGCAAAGUUUGUGGGAAGAAGAAUGGCUUUUGUAGUGCAUGUAUGUGCCUUGUGUGUUCAAAAUUUGACAUGGCAUAUCAAACGUGUAGUUGGGUUGGGUGUGAUGUUUGUCUUCAUUGGUGCCAUGCUGAUUGUGCACUGCGGGAGUCUAAUAUUAGAAAUGGAAGGAGUGCUAAUGGGGCUCAAGGAACUAGUGAGGUGCAGUUUCAUUGUGUUGCUUGUGAUCACCCCUCUGAGAUGUUUGGGUUUGUCAAGGAGGUUUUUCAGAACUUUGCAAAGACAUGGACAGCAGAAACAUUUUGCAAGGAACUCGAGUAUGUGAAGAGAAUUUUUAGUGCCAGCAAGGAUUUUAGAGGGAGGCGGCUGCAUGAAAUUGCUAAUAGGAUGCUAGAAAAAUUGGCAAAUAAGGCUAAUAUUUCUGAGGUUUAUAGUAAUAUCAUGGGCUUCUUAACUGAAAGUGAAUCUUCCAAGUUUGGCAAUCCUUCUGGGAUCUCUGAGAAGGAACGAGGAAAUGGAAGCAAUGGCGGGAUUGCUGGGCCCAGCCAGGAGUCCUCGUGGCUCAAAUCUGUUUAUUCAGAAAAGGCUCCCAAAUUGGAAAGAUCAUCUAGCUUUCUUCCUAGCUUUCAUACAGAGUUGAAUGAUAAACGACCUGUAGAGUCUGAGUUGGAGAGGAGUGCCCAAAAAGAACCCAUUUUUGAUGAACUAGAGAGCAUUGUGAGAAUUAAACAAGCAGAAGCUAAAAUGUUUCAGGCACGUGCUGAUGAUGCAAGAAGGGAAGCUGAGGGCCUGAAACGAAUUGCACUUGCGAAGAAUGAGAAAGUUGAAGAAGAGUAUAGAAGCAGAAUCACAAAACUGCGGUUAGUUGAGACGGAGGAAAUGCGGAAACAAAAAUAUGAAGAAUUCAAGACUUUGGAAAGAGCUCAUCAGGAAUACUUCAGUAUGAAGAUGAGGAUGGAAGCGGAUAUCAAGGAUCUGUUGUUGAAAAUGGAAGCUACAAAACGGAACCUUGCCAUGUGAUUACAGGUAAUUUACUCUUAGAAGCCAAAUUGAUGUAAUUUUGAUGUAGCUGUAUCUUUUAAUCUAGUUUUCUUUUUCCUCCCCCUUUUCUUUACUGCUAACCAAAUUUGUACAGACUCCAAAAUCUUUUGUAUUUUAUAAAUAGCUCCCAUUUGUGGAUGCAAUUUCAAAGAUAUGUGAUAGAUCAAGUUUUUGCU